AUGGUUCCCACCGCCCACGGGCGCUCCGUCAGUCUCGGCCGGCUCGAGCAGGUCGCGAGCCACGAUAGCUCCGACGACACUCCCAUCACGAAGCCUCCGCCGGCUUCGUGGGCCUCGCUGCCUCACAAGGACCAGCUUGCCAUUCUCGCCUUUUCCCGCCUCGUCGACUUUUUCCAGAUGGCUGCACUGCAGACAUACAUGGUCCACCAGCUCAAGUCCUUUGACCCCUCUCUGCCCGACUCUGCGAUUUCGCAUCAGGCCGGUGUGCUGCAGGGCAGCUUUACUGCCACGCAGAUAGUGACGGCUGUGCUAUGGGGUCGCGUCGCUGAUGCUCCCUGGUGCGGAAGGAAACGGGUGUUGAUGGUUGGCCUUAUCGGAACAGCCGUUUCCUGCAUUGGCGUUGGCUUCUCCCAAACCUUCCUCCAAGCUGCCACAUGGAGAAUGCUGGGAGGAGCCAUCAAUGGUACCAUUGGUGCCGCGCGCACAAUGGUUGCUGAGACGGUGGAUAAGAGGUUCCAUUCGCGUGCCUUCCUGUUGCUGCCCCUUGCCUUUAACGUCGCUAAUAUCCUCGGUCCAAUUUUAAGUGGAAUUCUCGUAGAACCGGUCGUGUCUUACCCGAAUCUCUUCGGACCAGGUGGCAUUUUCGGCGGUAGCGAUGGCGUUCAGUGGAUGGAAGACUAUCCAUAUGCCAUGCCCAACCUCCUCUGCGCCAUCCUGCUCAUUGUUGAGUCCGUCUUCGUUCACUUCUUCCUGCGGGAGACUUUGGCGAGCCUUCGCAACAAUAGACUCCAACCGCCAAGCUUGAUUGAACUCAGCAAGAGAGUAAUCGCGCGCCUGACCUCUCAAAGUCCUCCCAAGUAUACAUUGAUCGACAACUCGCAAUCACACGGCCUGCUUUCCGGAAUGGACGGAGAUACAAUGGAGAUGUCGCCCGUGGUCAACUCCAAUAAGGAGAAGCCCUUCACAGGCAAGCGCCAGCAAGUCUUGCCUUUCCAUCGCAUUUGGACUUCAAAUGUUCUCUGGGUUCUCUUUUCAAUCGCUGUAUUCGACUUUCACAUGGGUGCGUUCUCCAGCUUAUGGAUCGUCUUCCUGUCAACGGAUCGUCCCGAGCCUCAGGUCAUGACUCGGUUCGCGAAGCGAUCGAAUCCUUUUUUGUUCAGCGGCGGUCUUGCUUUCGAGCCAGCUGCAAUUGGUUUUGCCCUUGCCGUCUUGGGCAUCGUGGGCCUUUUUCUCCAACUGUCGAUAUACCCCUGGGCCAACGGCCGAUUCGGCCUCAUGCGCUGUUUCCGGUACUCCCUCUUCUUGUUUCCCUUGGCUUAUGUCCUGGCGCCAUACCUUUCUCUCUUGCCGUCGCCGACGCCCGCUCCAAGCCCUGCCACCGGCUUCUGGGUGUGGUUGGGAAUCAGCCUCAUCCUUACCCUGCAAGUCUCGGCCCGUACCUUCGCCCUUCCGGCGAGUAUCAUCCUCCUGAACAACUCAAGUCCUCACCCCAGCGUCCUGGCCACCAUUCACGGGGUUGGCCAGAGUGUUAGUUCUACCUUCCGGACGGUAGGACCUAUCGCCGCCGGCUACUGGUAUGGCGUGGGUUUGGAAAAGGGAAUGGUUGGCGUGGCCUGGUGGGUUGUCGCAGCUGUCAGCUUGGUGGGCUGUUUCGCAAGCUUCUGGGUCAGAAAUGGUACUGGCCAUGAGAUCUUGCUGCCAGGCGAGGAACCUCCGGAGACUUCUGAAAGAUAA